UCUAGAAUUGGACUAAUUCAGAUAGUCGUCAUAAUGUUGUGUUCAUGGAAGAUUGUUUUAAUUCCUCUGCUCCUCACGGGCUUUGUAGUUGCGGAUACAACAGACGAUGACAAUGAUGAUUACGAAAAGUUGGACGACCUAUUAGGAUCGUUAGAAGAAGAACAAACUACGCCGGAAACAACAGAACAGCCGGAGCCUGAAACUACAACUAGAAAAUGCGAUAAACUCGAUCUGGAUUUGGAGAAAAACAUUUUAGAAGACAAGCUGAAAAGUUUACUCAAUGCAACGCCCGAACAACUUGUGCAAUUGGAAGCCGCUCUCAAUGAGUCAUUCAUCAAAUUAUCCGAUCAAAUUCAUUGCACAUAUCUUAAAAAAUUAGUAACAGAAUCACCAAUUACAGCGAUCCCAAAAAUAACAACAACAACAACAACUACCACCACAACCCCAGCACCAACAACAACUACCACCACAACACCAGCACCAACAACACCACCAUCAACGACAAGAAGCACUACAACGACAACAACCGUAGCACCCAUUGUGCAAUGCGGUGAAGACAAUGAGAAUCGAUGUGUUGCAUUUUGGAAAUGCAAGAGCUCCAGGACGCUGAACGAUAAAUAUGAAAUCGAUAUAACUACAAGAGACGAAUGUCAUUACUUGGAGACCUGCUGCCCCUAUGCGGAGAUUUCAAAUGCUUCGAGACGGUUUAUUAAAUCAGUCCCCUCCAGUUGUGGCUAUGGUACAAAUAAUGGUGUUAUUAUGACCAUUAAGGGAAAAAGAGCGAGUGAAUCGAAUUUCGGAGAGUACCCCUGGACUGUUGGUGUAUUUGACAUGGAGGAUAAAUAUCUCUUUGGUGGUUCAUUGAUCUCAAUAAAGGUGGUGCUAACCAGCGCAAGUGAACUGAAUUCAAAACACCGGAAGGUUCGAGCUGGUGAAUGGGAUAUGAAAACCAACAAAGAGGCAUUGUCAUAUGAGGAGAGAUUCGUCAAAGAGACUGUGAUACAUCACAAGUUUGUUUUUGAUGUCUAUGCAAAUGAUGUGGCGUUGCUUAUUUUAGAGAAACCAUUCAAACUGUUACCGCACAUUCGACCCAUAUGUUUGGCCAGCAACAUUGAACUGAACAGGAAGGAAUGCAUUGUCACAGGCUGGAAUGAUGAUACAUGGGCGCAUCAAUCCAUUAUGAGAGCAAUGAAACUUCAGUUAACUCAAUGUAACAGCUUUGUACACAAAACUCUGCUGUGUGUAACAGGUAACAAUUCGGAUCUCACCUAUGGAAACGGCUCACCUCUGGUAUGUCCCGAACAAGGUAGUACCAAUCGGUAUUAUCAAAUUGGAAUUUGGAGCCAUGGAAUCUCUACAAACGGAACGAAAUUUACUGACGUUCAAGGUCAAUAUGAGUGGAUAAAAACAGAACUUGCUGAUCGUAGCAUUUUUAUUAGUUAAAAGAAGAAAGAAUAGUCUCGCAACAUUACAAUCGAAAAUCUUAGAGGGUUUCUUCUAAUGUAUAAUCUAUAACUUAAUAUUCAAAAUAUAAUCAUUUGAACAAUCUUAACAAUAUAAUAAAAUAAUGUUUCUUUAUAUUUUCAAUGACAACAAAGAAACUUAUUAAUAUUUCUAUCAGUUGAAGGCGAAAAUUUAAUUGCUUAUGCUUUCUUUAUUAGCCUCGCCAUAUUACAAUCAAUAAUCAUAGAGGGUUUCGGAUAUUGUCGCAAAUGUAUGAUCAAUAAUUCAAUAUUCAAAAUAUAAACAUUUCAAUAACGUAAACAAUA